AUGCAGUUGGAGGGCACGGAUCACGCGUCCGCACUGGCGGUUCUGCGGCUAUUCGCGUACGGCACGUGGCCUGAAUACAAAGAGAAAGCGGCGCAGUUGCCGGAGCUACAACCGCAGCAGCAGUUAAAAUUGAAGCAGCUCACAGUCAUGACCCUUGCCGAGGGCUCCAAGGUUCUGCCGUACAGUGCGCUCAUGGAGCAACUUGACGUCAGCAAUGUGCGACAACUUGAGGAUUUGCUCAUUAAUGACUGCAUGUAUGCGGGCAUUCUGCGGGGCAAGCUGGACCAGAGGAGCCGGUGUGUGGAGGUGCAAUUUGCUGCAGGCAGGGACCUUCGCCCGGGCCAGCUCUCCUCCAUCCUUGCCACGCUCUCCCAAUGGGUGGCGACGUCAGAGGCGAUGCUGGGGACGAUAGAGAAGCGGAUCCAGUGGGCGGAUGAGAAGGGCGAGGAGUGGGCCAAGCACAAGCGGGAGGUGGAGGAGCAGGUGGAGGAGGCCAAGAAGAACAUCCGGGCUGAGAUGGAGAUGCGGGGGCCAGAGGCCAUGUUCGUGGAGGGGCCAUCAGCAGGAGGAUCAGGGCUGGGCAUGGGAAUGGGCAUGGGCAUGGACUAUGGGGAGGAGAUGGAUCGUUCGCGACCAAAGAGGUCAGCAAGGAGGAGAUGA